GACUACUGGUCCAAGAAUAGUUGCAUCACCAUUUACCAAAUCCGGGCAUCGAAAAUGGUCGCGCCCACCACACCACCAAAGAAUGCGUUCAACGCGUACGCCAGAAAAGUGUACAACCCUCUCGGGUUCAGCAAAGGAUACAACUUCGUGCUAUGGUUCAUCUUCGCGGGAGCGCUUUUUGGCUUCUGUCUCUCCCGGUUCAUGUAUCUCAGCUUCGACACCUUCUGCUACGGUGCUCCAGGCGGAGGCGCCGCGCCAGGUGAAUGCUAUUACUACACCAACUUCAACACCGCGCGAGUCGGGAUCACACUGCACUUGGCUGGCGUUCUCCCAGCUGGGAUCAUCGCGUGUCUGCAAUUCACACCCGUCAUCAGACAUAAAGCGAUUAUCGUGCACCGUAUCGGCGGAUAUAUUGCAUUGCUUGCCUACUUUACGUCUCUGGCCGGCGCAUUGAUGAUUGCGCGCCACUCGUUCGGAGGCGGCAUCGAUGUGCAGUCUGCGGUUUAUGUGCUCGCGCUCAUGACUACGGUCAGCUUUGUGCUGUCGUACAUCAACAUCAAGAAGCUUCAGAUCGAGCAGCACAGAGCGUGGAUGCUUAGAGGGUGGUUCUACGCUUCUUGCAUCAUCACGAACCGCAUCAUUCUCAUCUUGAGUACGAUAAUCAUCUCAAAGGUAGGCGAUUACCGCACUGCGUGGCCAUGUGCGAAAAUUGCCUACACCAUCGCCGACGAUGCGAAAACGCAGAGGCUAUACCCGGAGUGCGCGUCGUACUUGAACGGAACAGAUUCAAAGCAAUAUUCCACCGUGCGCGCACGGUUUGGAGGCGAACAAACGAGCGCUGCUGAGAUCGGCGCAGCGUUCAACAUGACUUUCGGGAUGGCGCUUUGGGUUGCAAUGGCCAUACAUGCUGUGGGUGUCGAAAUCUACUUGCAUCUUACUCCUCGUGAGGCUGAGCGUCUUCGCAAUGUUAGUUACCAGCGACAGCUCGAGGCUGGAAUGAAGAGCCCUGGUGCUAGCGGACUGACUACUGAUCGUUUGGGCGACUCUGAGAAGUGGGUGCCUCUUUCUGCGAGGAAGUCCAGCGAAGGUCAUUGAAAGCAUCAAUACCAUCAAUACCCCACCAGCAACGGGGUAACUGUCAUAUUAUAGAGCGUAUCGCAUUUGUUUUGGAGUUGAACUAGACGAGAUUAGACUUCUUCUUGGAUCUCGUGGAUAGCUUGUUUGUGGACAUUGUCAGAGGCAUACAUAUGCACUUUAUGUGCUGCAAUCAAUCCAUAUAUUUCUCUAUCAUUCAUUCAGUCCUUUUGCGCGUCUUUGUCAUUAUUCUCCAAUCUUCCCACCCUGUCAAAAAUGGUAUGCUAAUGCCAUCU